AUGGCCUCGAAUCCUCAGACAUCCGUUGACCAGGGCCAGCACCAGGACCAGGACCGUGCCGUGUCCUCGCCUGCCGCGAAGAUCUCCAGUCCGCAUUCUCUCUCGAAAGCGGUCCAUGCCCGCCGGGCCGAGUUCACACGGCCGCAACGGAUCCGGAUCAAGAUCGGCACUUGGAACGUAGCGGCGUGCCCCGGCACAGAAAAAGAUCUCGGCGGGUGGUUCGUGGACGGCAAGGGUAUUGACAAGAGGCUGGCAGGCUUGAGUGUCGCCAAUGGCAUUGAGAGGGACGGAAGCCAGGAUCAUGUCGAGAGCGUAGAGGCGCAGGAGGCCCGGUGGAAGAAGAAGGUGUCUUCGAUACCGAAAGACGACGAGGGAACGAUUGUUGGCGGGGAGGAAAUUGGCAUAUUCGUGCUGGGGCUUCAAGAAGUGGUGGAUCUGACGAGCGCCAGGGAAUACAUUGGGAGAGUGUAUACGGACCCAGAGCCGACGGCCAGAUGGAGGAAGGCUAUGGUGGACGGGCUACCUCCCGGAUACGUGUUGAUCGCUGAGCAGCAACUAUCCGGGCUGCUACUCUUCAUUUUCGCCUCGCCCUCGAUUGCACCGACGAUAAGUUCUGUCAGUACGGUCGGUGUCGGGACGGGAAUAAUGGGAUAUCUGGGAAAUAAGGGGGCCGUCGCGAGUAGGAUCGUGUUAGGAGAGACGACACGAAUGGUCUUUGUUAAUUCGCAUCUCGCUUCUGGCACAGAUCCAGCGCACCUAGAUCGCAGAUGCUGGGACGUUUCCCAGAUUCUUCAACGGACACAAUUCGAUCCUAUAAGUUGGUCUGGAGUCUUGGAUGACAAGGGCGAGGGUAUUGGGGACGAAGAUUUUGCGUUCUGGUUUGGCGAUUUAAAUUUUAGGUUAGAUGGGCUUCCGGGUGACGAUAUACGACGACUCUUAAUGCUGCAUACGAAGGGCGAAUAUGAUAUUGGACGAAAGUCACGAAAGAAGAUUGAUAAGGAGUUGGAGAAUACAGAUGGGUCUAUUGUCAUACGAAGCGUUGAGAGCGACUCGGACUCGGACGACGAGGCAACGAUACCAAGGACCAAGAGUUUUUACGAAAGCAAAGACGACAGUUCUGCUAAUACACUUCCCGACCCUGAUGACUUUGUUCAGGAUCCGAGUCAAGAUCCGGCAUCUUUGCAAGCCACGCUUGAUUCUCUGCUUUCCCAUGACCAGCUGCGGCACGUCAAGAAGAAGAGGAAGGCUUUCCAUGAUGGCUGGCGAGAAGGACCAAUCACCUUUUUGCCGACCUACAAGUACGAUGUCGGGAGCAUGGGGAUGUUCGAUUCUAGCGAAAAGAAACGAGCCCCGAGUUGGUGCGAUCGAAUCCUCUUCCGUACCCGGAAAGAUAAGCUUGAGUUCGAUGGGAAGACACAAGAAGAGGAACUCGCUAGAAUAAAAGACGAGGAAAUGAAAGCCCGAGGAAUCGAUCAUGCCGCAGACGACGAAGACGUCUUGUUUGACUAUAAUCCAGACGAGGACGGUGCUGAAGAGCCAGCGAGAAAGGAAUACGAUGAAUAUGACGAGGAUGAAAGUGGAAUUACGGAAGCGGUUGUCACGAAGGAGGGCUACGUGGAUAGGAUACACCUUGAUGUUUAUACUUCGCAUCAACGGGUCCUCUCUUCGGAUCACAAACCUCUGGACGCAGUAUUUACUCUCGAGUACGAUGCUGUAGUCCCAGAGCUAAAAGCACAAAUUCAACAGGAAGUAGCGCGCGAACUGGACCGUGCCGAGAAUGAAGGACGCCCUGGCAUCACCGUCGUGGUGGAUCAUGCUGCAGACGAUGCUCCCAAGGCCGAAGACCUGAGCCAGUCGGCGGCACAAUUAGCGGCAGCGGCAGAAGGUAUUGAUUUCGGUGACGUCGGUUUUCAGCAACGCAAGGUACGAAGUGUCACUAUUGCAAAUACUAGUCAAGUACCUGCCAAAUUCUCAUUCGUGGACAGGCCUAGCGAUUCCGGCGACGAGGACCGCAGUGCCCCCUCUUGGCUUCAGAUCAGCUUCGCAGCUUCAGACAUAGACGACUGGCAAGACCUACAAAGAGAGGUCACACUUGAACCAGGCCAGACUAUCAUCGCCACAUUGGAACUCUUCAUCGACGACGUCGAACUCGUCAAAGCCCUCAAUCAAGCAAUGUCCCAACUAGAUGAUGUCCUCGUCCUUCGAGUCAUCGACGGCCGUGACCACUUCAUCCCUAUCCAUGCCUCCUGGCUUCAAUCUUGCUUCGGCCGCUCCGUCCAUGAACUCAUCCGCAUUCCGGUGGGCGGUGUCCGCGCUCUGAUACCUCCACGAAACGGUGAGGGUGCCCCCGUAAAUCGUGGGCAGGAAGUCUGCUGGUCUGCACCGCGCGAGAUCUUCAAGCUCACUGAAGCCAUCGAGUGCCUUACCGAUCGCGUAAUAGCCGACGCAAAUAUGCUUGACAACGCCCAGCCUCCCAAUAAAUUUCCCGGAUGGCCAUUCGACCGCAAUUCCUGGCUUCUCAAAGACAAUGCGCUGAGAGAAGCUCAUUUGAGCCCUGUGCUCGAUGCUUUGGACUCAGACACUAGCCUGCUGCACGCCUUCGACCCUGAGAUUCCAGCCUUCCUGAAACUCGAGAUCGUUGCCGAGAUUUUAACACUGUUCCUUGGCAGCAUAACAGAUGGCAUAGUCCCUGCUCCCAUGUGGACCCAAAUCGACGCUUCACUCACCACUAAACCCCUCACUUCCUCUUCCUCUCCUCAAGAAAUCGAGGAUGUGAAAUCUCAAGUCCUCGACGUGCUCUCCUCAUCACCCAACCACAACAUUUCGUUCGUUUUCUUGGCAAGUAUGCUAUGUCGCGUUGCCGGCGAACUCGCCCCCGUGCCUAAUCAGAGCCGAACGCCGACGGAAAUACGGAGUAAAUUUGGACCGGUUAACUGGAGUCUGGGCUGGAGAGGAGCGAAGGCGGCGCCGCCGCCGUUGAUCAGCCCAGCAGUAGUGAGACGGGCGAAUGCGGAAAAAGCCUACGCAGAGUGUUUCAAGGACUGCCUGUUCAGGUGGCCGGAGGGAGUCAAGGAUAAAGAGCGGAAAGCUGGCGAUGAUCGGAGAAGGGACAUUCUCGAAGCGUUUAUGAGGAGUGGGCGCUAA